UUCAUUCACUUUCGAUUAACUGUAAUCAAUCGUGCAAUUUGUCAUUUCACUGACGCAACAUGCUUGAUGUACAAUUACGGUACAUGCUGCGCAAAAAACGACUUCGGGAGAUGAUAAGGUCGCAAUUCGAAAUCAUAGAGACACAGACCGAUCGCGGCAUUCUCGAUCGGCCUCAAUUUCUUGUCUCUACUGAGUGACUCUGGGGUGAAUCUGUACUGGGGGUGAAACACGAGCAACAAUCCACCUACGAACGGCUUACGAGACGAGAAAUUUUUAACGUCGGCGCACUACGUUCGUCAUCCCUUUAGGAUAACGAUUGCAUUCUAUCGGGAUGUUGUAAUGCGCGCGCGUUGAAAAGCGAGGGCUCGGUAAUAUAUAAAAACAGCGACCACGUCUUAGAGCUGUCCUGAACGAGAUCCCCCGUGCAUCGGCGCUGUAUUCUGCGUGCUACGAUAAACCAUUCCGCGCUAAUUAACGCGAAAGUGUGUUAUCAUGUUCCGCAAGGCGCCAGUGAGCUUACUCGCCGUAGCGUUCCUGUUUUGUUUGAUCCUCGUGUCGAAUGCCGAAGCUCAAUUAAAUUUCUCCACCGAGUGGGGUAAAAGGAGCCAAAAUGCACGAAUGAAAUCGGACUGUCCGUCGCGAAGCACAUCGUCGUUGGAACAACUGUUAAAAUUGUACACGUUUAUUCAGGUCGAAGCGCAGAGGAUCUUGGAUUGUCAGAACUUGAACAAAUGAAACUAAGCAGACCGUCGCGAUCUCUCAUCGAACGGAGCCCUGCCGGAACCAGACGAGACUACAGAAAAUGACAUUAUUUGAAUAAACGUUAUAUAACACAACGAUGUGUCCUUUAA